AUGAUGGAAUCAAAUAAUAAUAGUAAUAGUAAUAGUAGUAUAACAAUCAUUCAAAUAUUGAAUAAUGUUUAUAUUCGUUCACUGAUAUUUGAUCAAGUAAAGAUUAUACAUCAAACGAUUGGUAAACCAUCAAAAAAGGAAUGUGAUAUAGUUUCAUUAUACCAAUGUAUAACAUAUAAUAGACACGACUUGUUCUUUAAAUACUAUGAUCAAGUAUUUGAUACGAUCUGUCAAGAUUAUUCAAAUAGGAAAACACCUAAAUCAGAGUUGGAUGAUCCAUUUGCAAUGGUUCGUAAUGGACCAAUUAGUUUGAUAUAUCAAUUGUUAACUACAAAAGAUAUGGUUGUUUUUGAUGGUGAAGACAAGAUUAUUGAAUACAUGGUAAAUAGUUUACGGUGUAAAUGGAUAAAAGACUAUCGUAUACUUAAACGACAAAAGACAACUAAUGAUGACAAUACCAAGGAAUCAUUACAACAACAAAUCAAAUCAACUACAAAGAAUCAUUUUACAAUAUCGAUUUUCAAGAGUUGGGUAUGUCGUUUUUUAUCUGGUUAUAGACGUUCAUUGGUUAAAUCAUUAUUAUUACCAUUUGAAAGAGAAAAAGAAGGAGGAAGAGGUGAUAUUGGAAUAGAACAUAAAUUAGAAAGAGAAUUUACAAAAAUAGUUAUGGGUAUAGAGACGUGUAGAGAAAAUAUAUUCAAUGGUAUCAUUGAUAAUUAUGAUCUAGAGUCAUUGGAUAUGAUCGAAGAAUCAUUGGUUGGUCAAAAAGAGUAUUUUUUAAAGCAUCUAAAUUCAACAUACUAUAGUAUUGAUUGGAAAUCAAUAUUUGGUAGAGCUAAUAAUAGUAAUAAUCAAAAUAUUAAUAAUAAUCAAAAUAAUAAUAAUCAAAAUAGUGAAAUGGUUAAAGUAGUAGAGUUUGCAAGAAGUAUAUCAAAACGAUGUGAUAGAUUUGAUAAAAAGCUUGUGUUGGCGUGUCUGUCAUUCCCAUCACACCCAACAUAUAUGUUGGUAUUAGAAAUGGCUGCCAAAAAUACAACAGCAAAUAGUCAACAACAACAACAACAAUCAUUGUCACCCUCAAACAAGGGCAAAUUAACAACAAAAAGUAUAAAAGAAGAUGAGAAAUACAUGUGGCACAAAUAUUUGAUUGAUCAUCAUAGUGCACUGCAGUUUCCAAAUAUAUCAAUAUUCAAGUAUUUCAUUCAUGCUAGGAUGUAUGUUGAAAGGAUUGGUGCUGGGUUUUAUCACGAUAUAUUACAGAGUAUGUUGAGAUGUGGAAGUGGAAAUGGAAAUGGAAAUGAAAAGAGAAUAAUGGAGUGUGUAGAAUAUGUGUUGGGUCCUAUGACAGUCAUUUUCGAUCGAAAUGCUAAUCAACCGUUGUGGACAGUGCGAGAGAUUGGUUUGGAGUUGUUGUCACUUGAACUUGUUCAAAGACUGUAUCAACAUGCACGUGUGGAUAUUGUGUUGGAGUGUAUACAGCCGGCUGCCAUCCUAGCCAAUAUGAACGACCUUGUACAAUGGAUAGAGGAUACUGUCGUGUCAACUGAAUACACUCGUCGCAAAGUACCAGCUCGUCGAGCCGAUGAACGUGACACUGCACACAACGCAUCAUUUGCAAUUGCCCUUUCAAAAGAUAAUAUCGAUGCUCUCUACAUACUCGUUCAAAGUAAACGUCCCAAACUAUCUAAUAAUAAUCAUUCAUUCACAUCGAUCAAUCUAUCCAAAGUAUCCACCCAAGCCAUCAAGUUGUUAAUAGGGUACUAUAAUAAUAAUAAUAAUAAUAAUAAUAAUCCAAGUCUAUUACAAUUCAAUUUCAAUGCAAUGUAUGGGGUUGGACAACUCGACCAUAUCAUCCCCUCACUUUUAGAAGCUGGGUAUUUCAACUCUUUUAAAUCAACUGAUCUCAUCCGCAUUGCUCAACUCUCAGCAACGUGUCACACCACCUUUAUGCACCUGACCGAUCGAAUCUACCCCAACAACAAAUCAAUUCAACCAAAGACCGACUACACCAUCACAGAGUCUGUUCUUCAACACGGUCCACUUGAAACGGUUCAAUUCCUAAACACCCAAAUUCAACUAAACAUUGAAAUACCACAUUUGAUUUGUCACAAUCAAAAACAUGCUAUCUCUAUUUUCAACUAUCUACUCGAUCAACAACAAGAUAGAAUGUUUAAAGAUCAGGUAUACAUGGAUGCAAUCAUUUCAAUACCAUUUGAUACAAUCUCUGCAACAAAUGACCAAAUUCAAUUUAAAUUAAAAUUAAUGGAUUAUUUAUGGAAACAUUGUAGUGAAGAGUUAAAAGAUAUGGUGUUGACCAAUUUUCAUAUUGGUAGUGAUGGUGGUAAACUUGCUAAAGCUCUUACAACUCAUCUACAAUCAAGUAACAAAAUAUUAAUUGGUCAUCUUUUUGAUCUGAUAAAUAAUCAUUAUCAAGAAAAACACCAACUUUUUAUUGAUUUUGUACAACCAAUAGAACCACCAACCUAUCAAUAUAGUGAUGGUCGGUAUCUUGAUUUCCAACUUUGGAUUUAUAAUCAAUACAAUCCAAAUAACCAAAAGAAUAAUAAUCAAAAUCUAUUAUAUAUUAAUUAUAACAUUGAUACUUUUAAAAAUAUAAAGAAUGGUUUAAUUAAUCAAUUUGGUUAUUUUAGAUAG